AUGUCUAGUUCAAUUCAAAAAGAUUCAUUAUACACUUUAAACAAUGGUGAAAAGAUUCCAGUAUCAGGUUUUGGUUUAUAUCAAACACCACCAGGCCAAGCAACUGAUAUUACUUACCAAGCUUUGAAAGUUGGUUAUAGACAUAUUGACUCUGCUCAAGGCUAUAACAAUGAAGAAGAAGGUGCUAAGGGGAUUGCUCAAUUCUUGAAAGAGAAUCCAAGUGUCAAAAGAUCAGAUGUCUUCUUUACAACAAAGAUUAAAAAUGGAUUCCAUGGUUAUGAAGAAAGUACUAGAGUUAUUCAAGAAUCCUUGAAGAAAGUCUCUCCAUAUAUUGAUUAUAUCGAUUUGUUUUUAAUCCAUUCUCCAAUGUCUGAUAAAGAGAAAAGAUUAGGAACUUGGAAAGCUUUACAAGAAGCAAUUGAUUCUGGGAAGGUUAAGUCAAUUGGAGUUUCAAACUAUGGUACACCUCAUUUAGAUGAAUUAUAUGCUUGGGAAGGUUUGAAAUACAAGCCUGUUGUUAAUCAAUUGGAAUUACAUCCUUGGUUACCAAGAAAGGACUUACAAGAAUAUGGUAAGAAGUAUGAUUAUUAUCUAGAAGCUUACUCACCAUUAACUCAAGCUAAAAAAUUGGAUGACCCUGAGUUGGUUUCAAUUGCAAAGAAGUAUGGUUUUACUCCUGCUCAAAUCUUGUUAAGAUGGUCUUAUGACCAAGGUUUCAUUCCAUUAGCUAAAACUGUCAAUGUUGAUAGAAUCGUGGAAAACUUCACAGUUUUAGAUAAAGUUCCAAAAUUAGAUGAUGAAGAUUAUAAACUAUUGGAUAAACCUAAUAGUUACGAAGUUUUAACUUGGGAUCCAACUAAGUAUGUCGAUGAAAAGAAGUGA